AUGGAUGCAGAUGUUGAGAACUACGUAAAAGGCUGUAGAGGAUGCACUCUUGUGGCAGCACCAGAUCCACCGGAAACUAUGUCGCGCAGUCAACUUCCGUCAUAUCCUUGGCACACACUGGCGGUAGAUUUUCUUGGUCCAUUGCCGGAUGGACAAAGUCUGUUCGUAGUGAUUGACUAUUAUUCUAGAUUUAUCGAGGUUUGCGAGAUGGAGUCCACCACAGCAAACGAUGUGAUUAGAGAACUGGCUAUUAUGUUCGGAAGGUUCGGCAUCCCAUCGUUUAUUAGGGCAGAUAAUGCUCCUCAGUUUAGUGCUGAGUGCACAGAGUUAAAAGAGUUUUGUGAGUCAACUGGAUUCAAAAUUGUGAAUACAAUCCCUUACUGGCCCCAGUCGAACGGAGAGGUAGAGCGGCAGAAUAGAUCAAUUCUGAAACGACUCCGUAUCGCACAGGAGUUGGGUCUGGAUUGGAGAAAGGAAUUGCGUGAUUACAUAUUGACGUAUCAUUCGACGAAGCAUCCAUCUACAGGGAAACCACCGGGAGAACUUAUGUUUGGAAGGCGCAUCAAAAGCAAGGUACCAUCGAUCAUGAUCUUCAACGAGGAUGGCGCAGUACGUGAGCGUGAUGCAGUGGUAAAACAAAAAGGAAAGGAAUAUGGAGAUGGUAAGCGAAAGGCCAAAAGCUCCAAAAUUAAGGAGGGUGAUACGGUACUGGCGAAACGUAUGCGGAAGAGUAAUAAGCUGGAUACUAACUUCAGUAACGAGGAGUACAUCGUGCAGAGCAAAGUUGGAUCUGAUACAAUUAUAAAAUCUACAAGCUCUGGUAAAGAGUACAGGCGAAACUCAGCUCAUUUGAAGAAAGUAUUAGUCAGCGUUGAACAUAAAGAUUUAGAGGAUCCGCAAGAUGGCUCCGUUUCCGAGCCACAGGUCCGAGAUGAUGAUCCUAUCGAUCCUUCUUCUGCAGGAGUACACAUGAAAAGAAUACGAAAAGCUCCCAGUAAAUAUGAUGAUUAUAUUGCUCAUUAA